AUGGAUUAUUUAAGUGAAGAUGAAAAAAUUAUUGUUACAACUUGUUAUUUAAUUUUAGUUGUAAAUUACUUGAUUGAACUUCAUGAUCUUCCAAAUUGUUUUUUGGAUGUAAGUAAUUCUAAUAAAAUUAUUUACAACUGUGAUGGUGGCUUGGCGUUUUCACUUGUAAAUGGAAAUCCAGGUGUUUUGUUUCAGUCUGCAACAGACGAUACAAGAUAUAUUUGUCAUCUAGGGUUUGUUCCUCAUUUGCUACCCUUGGGUGGUAAUGAGCAUACCUUUUAUAUUGUAAGAUUUGAUGAUUCUUAUGUUAUGAUAAAAUCAAAAGAUUAUCCAACAAGGUAUCUUUGGCAAGAUAAUUUAUUAUUUGUAUUUGAAGAAAACAAAGUUGGAACCACACAAAUACUGUAUAAAUUUAUUGUAUGUGACUUUGGCAUUCAAAAUAUUGAUCCCAUCUCAAAAUAUUCUGUUAAUGUUAUCAUUAAUACAUCUUCGCCAAUCUUUAACCAUCCUGGUUUAAGUUUUGUGAUCAAAUGUGAAAGUUCAAAUAAUGAAAUCAACUUGUUUAAUGUAACAGGUAGUUCAGCUCUUAUUACCUUGUUACAUAGCAACACAACUUACAAGUUUUCUGCUGGUUUUCAAAAUGAAUAUGGCAUCUAUGUUUUUGGAAAUGUUUCGUACUAUAAAACAGAUGACUAUGGUCGUAUUGAUAGUUGUAUUCAUGGAUUUGUUGAGGGGAAUGUUCUUAACAUAUCUCUUGAGAUGGAUGGAAAUGGCUAUAAUGUUACCAUAGAGUAUUUUUUUCCGCCGUUUAUUAUUUUUACUUCUGACAAUGUUUCACCUGGAUUUUUGAAACUUAACUCAAAUCAGACUAUAUAUUCUUUUCCUGGAUAUUUAAACACAAAAGUUGUAAACAAUAUAACAUUGCUUUUAAAGAAAAGAAAAUGUCUUAAAAGUUUUCCAAUUGAAAUUCCAGUAAAUAUAAGUUAUAAAAAUAAAAUGAACAUAAUGAAGUCUGUAACAGUUUCAUAUCAAGAAAGUUUGCCUUGUUUGGAUGAAAAUUUCCCAAAUAUAAUAAAAGAAAAAAAUGCUUUAAAAGAAUAUUAUGGUCGUGGAAUACUUGUGAAUGCCGACAAAUCUUAUAUGUAUAUAUGCAUGAACCAAAAUGUUGAGAGCACAAAACCGGCAUGCUAUUUUUCAAAUAUCGCUGGUGAUUUUAUGAUUAAUCUGGAUGUUACUGUAGGAUGUGUGUUAGGACAUCAUUUAGUAACUAAAGAGCUUCAUGCAAUCCAUCGUAAUCAGAAAUUGUAUCUAUAUUUUAAUACAGUUUUCAACAAGUGGCUUGGGCUGACAAAUCAACAGUUUGAUAAAAUAUCUCUAAAUCUUGAUAAUCAAAUGAUGAAGAAUUUUGAAGUGGAUAAUGAUCAAUAUUAUACUCUUGAUGUAAAUCAGUGGAUGGGCAACGCUGAGGGAUUGUUUUAUCGCAACGGUUCGUCAAGUUUAUGGACGCAAAGAAUCAAGUGGAAUAAUUAAAUUUUUAUGAUUUUUACAAUAGUUUUAUAUUUUUUCGUAUUUUGCAAUUCAUCGAGAAAGAAGAGAGAUUAUUAUAGAAUUUAAUUUGUUAAAAACUUUAUAGUGAUAUAAAAUCUCAUUAGCUUUAUAAUAUAAGUUUUUGUCAUAAGAUUUAACUUAUUUUGUAUAAC